AUAAAGCAGAUGUAUGGCCGGCUAGACACUAUAAGUCAUAUUUUGUCUAACCAGAUAGAGCAAGAAUAUCACGGCACAGCAUUCAUUUUCAUAAGAGCGAGCCUAGAGGUGACCACCAUGGAUGUCUCCCCUGGCCACUGCUGGCGGUGUGAGAGAAUUCUCCCAAGACGCUCUGUGCCUUGCAGCCAAUGUCCGACCGCCAAGUACUGCUCGGCAUCUUGCCGAGAUGAGGACAGUGCCAGACACCGUGCAGUGGAGUGUGAAUUAUUUGGCAAGAAAAGAUGCAGCGCUUGUGGAAAACUUGGCAAAACACUUGAGUGUUCAGGAUGCAACAGUGCAUGGUACUGUAACACAGACUGUCAACGACGUUGCUUUCCAACUCACAAAGAAGCCUGUCAGGCUAUUAGGGAUUCCAUAAGACAAAUGUCAACGACAAUCGUGAGGUCGCGACAAAACUACGGGGAUUUUCCUCAAUAUUUUGGCAACACCAUGGCUAAAGACUUCCUUCAACUACCACACAAUGAAUGGUCCUCGAAGCAAGUGACAGAGGACGAGCUGGCGAGGGACUAUCAUGUCCUGUCUGCUGGCUGUGGGGACUUGCGCAACACGGUGUUAACGGCCGCUUCCCUACCCGACAAGUAUCGGGGAAAACUCCACGUCACCCUCAGUGACUUUGACUCUUCACUUAUGGCCAGGAACGUCCUGUUCCUCUUUAUGCUGGUCCGCUAUGCAGACAAAGAUUACAUUGCAUCCAGUCUGACAACCAUCUGGUACUCAUUCCACCUAUCCAAGAGGGAGUAUGACCUGAUCAAGGCAAGCUUAGAUGAACUCGUUAUGAUGAGUGCUGAGGAACUCUACAAUGCCACCGGAGGACUCGUGCGUGUGCUGAACGAGGAGCUGCUGUAUAUGACAACUGUUUGGCAAAAGUGGCGAACAUUAGAAUGCCAACGAGACAAGGAAGCAUCAAUCAACCUUGAAUGGCAAAGAAUGGAUCUGUUUAUAAACAGUGACCAGUCCACAAAAUAUGAUUGUUCUUUAUAUUUGGAGAGCAUAAAUGAGCAAGACAGGAAACCGAUGAAAAGAUGGUUUGAACACGGACUGUUUCUUCCCCAUGAAGCAAAUCAAAGAGAUGUACCAUUUGACAAUCCUACACUAACUGGUCUAAAGGUUAACACAUACUUGACUGAUGGUGAUCCACGUAUAUUUCUGCUAUCACAGGGUCUAUUCCUUGACCAGGAUCCUCCAGGAAUGGAAGACUUCACGCUCUGCGUUGGGCCAAAGUUGAUUCCCUUCACAGCUUGGGACUGUCUGAGGGUCAGAGAGCACUCGAGUAGGUCCUUCUCGUCUCCCAUGGAGAUGUACCACAACUACGUGACUGACCUCCUCCAGAAAGUCAAGAGCCUCAUCCUUCACGGACGGCUCCGUAUCCACGUUUCCCUUGCCAACUGUCUGGACUUUCCCAGUCAGCAUCGUACGUUGCAAAUGCCCAACUAUGACCGGAUCUUCACCUCCAAUCUGGCUGACUACCUUGGAUUUCCCGCUCUUCUGCAGUCAUUCAAGCCACUGCUGAACACCAGCAACAGCUGCUCGGUGAUUGCCACUGAGACUAUGAAAUGGUUUGAUUCUAUUCACUCAGCUUAUGCUCCAUAUCUCCAAGGUAGCCAGCGUGAUAAGGCAGUGCAUGCCUUCUUCCAGGACAUGGUUCCUUCGUGUCAUUGGAAAGGAGUGCAACCAACUUUUAACGGCUUUAUGACCCAUCACAGCUUCACAGAGUAUUACAAUAACACCCCUCACUUUCUCCAGUUUCUCCGCGCCGAUUUCAUGGCAGGGGGGCCAGGCGUACCAGCACGACAGGACGUGCCAUCCUUUGAGACUGUGAAGAAGUAUAACGGCAUGCGCAUGCGAGACUUCCGCAAGGGACCGAACAAACUCGCUCCAUUCCAGUACCGUUUGAAUGCACGUGAUCUCAAUAUGUUAAGAGGAUAUGUCCGAGCAGUUGAGUGGUGUCUACCAAAAAGUGACAAAAUACUUUUGUAGCAUGGCCAAUCUUGGACUAAGUGAACAACUGUCUUUUUGUUGUAACAACAUUUGGCAUUUGAAGAAGAGUAAGUUUGGAAGUAGCAGGCAGAGAAUGAAUGCUACGCGGAACAUGCAGAGACGUGUUUCUCCUGCAAUGCUUUGGUGGAAAGUUCAUGAGUUACAUAUUAGAGCGACAGCAAGUAACAUGCAUGAAUUCCAUCUUUGACUCGUCCUUUCCCGUCACACAAACCAAAGAUGGCCCAUUUCUAUGUUGUCUUUGGCUAACAGUGCGCACAUACAGGUUUGCUCACCUACGGGACAGAGGUUUUGUGACACAUUUUCACCAGAACGGCAGAGUGUACAGCCGUUGCGUCAGGUGUUUUGUUUAGUACACAAAGAAUGAGGUCAUUUCUACCGUUGGACUAUGAGCGACUCAGUCAGAAUUCUGAACUGGAGGAGCAAAUGUAAGGAGAUAAUUUAAAAGAAAAAUCUGAGAGUUCUAAGUCUACGUCAAUUAAUCACGGUGAACCAUGCCUUUUUGACGGAGUCCUGACAGUUGCAUUGGACGUAGAAUGCUAUUUAUGACAGAGAACAACAAAGCCAGAUUUGAUAUACCAAAAAUAUAACUCCUUUAUUACCUUGUUAGUAUGAGCUCACUAUAUUUAACAUGUAUAAGCAAUACAUGAGUUCAACAAGCAAAUGAUCUAUGAAUAUCCCAAAAGUAUAUG